AUGACCGGAAACCCAGGUUUCUGGGACGCUGAAUUGGAUAUUUCUACGUUAUCUGGAUAUGAUGCUCCGGGUUAUGAGGAUAUCUGGACCCUGAAUCCAACAUCCUGUCUAGCCAAAGAUGGAAAUUCGCGCGAGACAAAUUCCAAUACCAACCAUGGAAUUACGGUUCAGCGAAUCAUAAUUCACGAGCUCCAGGAAUGCCAUCUUGUAUCUGGAUGCUGA